AUGGAACUCGGCUGCUGCCUGGCGAUCAGCCUCGGCCUCGGCCUGCUAAUUAGCGCGCAGAGGCGGCGCGGCGUCUGGGCCACGCAGUCCAGCAUGCCAUCGCCUGGCGCGUGGCAUCUAAGGACACGACAACGGCAGUGGCCUGUGCCUCAGCUGCGACCUGGCGCUCGGCCUCCGCGGCCUCUGGCACGCGCGGCUCACCCUGGCGCUGCGGCGCGGCAUCAGCAGCAAGGGCCCGUGCAGAGGCCCCACCGGAGGCGCGGCGGCCAACGCGCCGUGGCUGCCAGCCGUCCGGGUGCCAGCGCCGCCGCACCCAGGACCGUAACAGAUGCGGUCGGCCUUGAUAUCGUCGCCCUCGGCGCGCCGCAACAUGGGAACACGGACCGCGGCCGCAUCCGCGCACUGGCCUCCGCGCUCUCGACCUUCACGUUGUCGACGUCGGCCCACGCUGAGGCGCAAGCGGGGCGUCCGGGAACCCUGCGGGCGCCCACCUCCACGCGCGGUAUCCCGACGCCGAGUUUCUCGAGCAAGCUGUCCGCGCUCGUCGGCGCAGUCCAAAAAGGCAACCACGACGAAAAUGGUGGUAACGAGACACCAUGUCGGAGCGGCGUCUGCAACCUCAGUAGCAUCGCCGUGCGCAGGAGCGCCGACGGCGGCAGCGGCCCGCACUUGCACCGGCACGGGCGUGACAUCCCGAUGAUCAUCUCGUCGACCAGCAAGCCGAUGAGCAGCAGCGGCAGCCGCUAG